AAUUCUCGGCAGUGGAAUUGCAAGCUUCUGUUUCUCCUCACAGGGAAUCGUGGUGGACGUGCCCUUCGCAUCCUUCUUCCUAAGCCAGCUGCUUGGGCAUCACCACAGCAUCUUCUAUAGCUCUGUGGAUGAACUUCCCUCUCUGGACUCAGAGUUCUAUAAAAACCUCACUUCCAUUAAGCGCUAUGACGGGGACAUUGCUGACCUGGGCCUGACGCUGUCUUAUGAUGAGGACGUCAUGGGUCAGCUUGUUUGCCAUGAACUGAUUCCCGGAGGGAAGACCAUUCCUGUUACAAAUGAAAAUAAAAUUAGCUACAUCCAUCUGAUGGCACAUUUUCGAAUGCACACUCAAAUCAAAAAUCAGACAGCUGCCCUCAUUAGCGGAUUUCGUUCCAUUAUCAAACCCGAGUGGAUCCGAAUGUUCUCAACCCCUGAGCUGCAGCGUCUCAUCUCUGGUGACAAUGCUGAGAUUGAUCUGGAAGAUUUAAAGAAGCACACAGUGUACUACGGUGGUUUCCAUGGAAGUCAUAGAGUCAUUAUCUGGCUCUGGGACAUUCUGGCCUCUGACUUCACGCCCGAUGAGAGAGCCAUGUUUCUGAAGUUUGUGACCAGCUGCUCCAGGCCGCCGCUCCUGGGAUUCGCCUACCUCAAGCCUCCUUUCUCCAUCCGCUGUGUCGAAGUGUCAGAUGAUCAGGACACUGGUGACACCCUGGGCAGUGUCCUCCGGGGCUUCUUCACCAUCCGCAAGCGGGAGCCCGGCGGCCGUCUGCCCACCUCCUCCACCUGCUUCAACCUGCUGAAGCUGCCCAACUACAGCAAGAAGAGCGUCCUCCGUGAGAAGCUACGCUAUGCCAUCAGCAUGAACACGGGCUUCGAGCUUUCCUAGCUCCUGCGCCCAACCCACCCACCUGCCCUUGUGGACUCCAGACCUUCAGCUCCUGAGAGCGUGACCAACAUGCCAGGUGACAUCAGCCCCCAGACCCUCUUUAUAGCCAUGAGACUCCCCUGUGGCCUCAGGAACUUUAGAAGCACGUGAUAACACUACACAGCAUUCUCCAGGUGAUACUAAGGGGAAGGGGGUAUUGAAAAUAAACCACCGGAUUCUGCCCACAUUGGUCCUUUUUCCUGGUGAUUGCAGGGGGGCUUCUUUUUUAUAGUUUGGCCUUUUUGUGAGUCUGUCUUCCCUUAACCCUCUGAGUGAGCUGUGUUUGAACAAGUCCCAGGAGCUCUGAGAGUCCAGAAUGGUUCUCAUGACAUGGGUCUGAGCACAUGAAGCCUACUACACGCGAGAUCCUCUCCUUCUGUUUCCGAAAACCCUUUACUCAGGUAAGGCCUUGCCAAGCCUCUAUGCACCCAACAAAGUCUCUGCCUCCAUCCUGUCCACAGCCGCC